GCAUGGAUGUUCGUCAUAACGUAAUUGGCGCUCAGCGUGGCAAGUUUCGCACACGUGCUCGGUCAUCCAGUUUGUUCGAUUUGGACUUUCACCUCGGAUUUUUAUUGCGGAUUACAUCGUAAGGCCACGACAUGCAUCGAGACAAGGACUUCAGCAAAUACAAAACCGAAAACCCGCUCCGAAGCGCGUCCUUCAUCUCGCAGCGAACCUUUUGGUGGCUGAAGGACAUCUUUCGGGCCGGUCAUCGCAAGGAGAUCACCGAGAAUAGCCUUUAUGCGGCGCUUCCCGAGCAUCGCAGUCAACGGUUGGCCGAUCAGUUCGAUCAGUUAUGGGCCGAAGAACUGCAAAGGCCACAGCCCAAGUUGCUACGUGCAUUAUGGCGAGGCUAUGGCAAAGCCACACUGCUCUGGGCAAUUCUGUACUCAUUGCUGGAAACGGCGAAUCUUGUUUCGCGUCCGCUCUUUCUCGGCGGACUGAUUUCGUACUUCUCGCCGAACCAGACUGAUACGAGUGAACGGGAAGCGUACGGUUAUGCGGCCGGCGUUAUCAUCUGUGCGCUGAUACCGGUUAUCACCUUCCAUCCAUACAUCUUAUUCAUCUUCCAAAUUGGUUUGAAACUACGCGUCGGGUGCUCUUGCCUUAUCUACGACAAGAGUCUAAAGCUCACCAGGUCGACAACCGCCGGCGAGGGGUUGAACGGCAUGAUCUUGAACUUGCUCACCAAUGACGUCAGCAAGUUCGAACCCGCCCUCGCCUUCAUCUAUAACCUGUGGAAGGGUCCCAUGGAGUCUCUGCUGAUCGGGUACCUCAUCUACACGGAACUUGGCUUUGCGGGGUUAUUGGGAAUGGCCUUCCUGCUCAGUUUCCUUCCAUUGCAGGCCUGGAUCGGGAAAAUGGCUGCAACCUUCCGAAUGCGGGCCGCUAAGCGGACGGAUGUUCGAGUUCGCUUCAUGAACGAAAUCAUUCGGGGGAUUCAGAUCAUCAAGAUGUACACCUGGGAGGACUCCUUCGCCAAAAUGGUUGGACAAGUUCGCCGGAAAGAAGUCAAUGCGCUACGUGGAAGUGCCUUCGUGAGAGCUACGCUUAUUUCAUUCUUUGUAGUGUCACGAAUCUCCGUGUUCCUUAGCUUGCUUUCGUUCAUCCACACGGGAAACGUGAUCACGGCUCGUAAAGUGUUUCUUGUGUCCAGUUAUUACAGCAUGCUGCACGAUUCGAUGGUUCAUUACUAUUCGCUGGCCAUAACGUUCUGCUCGGAGGCGUUGAUUUCCGUGAAGCGUAUUCAGGAGUUCCUGUUGACGCCAGAGGAGAAGGCCAAGACUGCGCAUGGAGCAGAUGAGGAGAAACAUCAGGAAGGUAAAGGAAGUGUGCUGAUCGAAGAUGAAGAGAAGAAGGCAAAGAACAAUAGAUUGGUGCCGAAUGGAGUGAUGAGCGAGGAAGAAGUGGAGAAGCUGUUACCGACAAAGCGAGUAGUGAGUUUGAACAGUGAUAAGAAGGGUAUAGUGAUGGUAGAUGUGAAGGCACGAUGGGUUGUCAGUGAGAACGAAUCAAACGUGGGAGUGACGUCAAUUAGCACAACAGUAGAAAGUGGGCGAUUAUGUGUGGUGAUAGGGUCGGUAGGUGCGGGAAAGACCUCGCUAUUGCAAGUGAUCUUAGGGGAGCUUGAGGAGGAUCAAGGGAUGCUGCAGAUCAAUGGGACGAUUAGUUAUGCAGCGCAAGAACCGUGGCUGUUCGAGAGUAGUGUUCGAAACAAUAUUCUAUUCGUCGAGGAGUACGACGAGCAGCGAUACUUAGAAGUAGUUCGCAUAUGUGCCUUGGAGCGAGACUUACAGUUGUUCCCGCACGGUGAUCAGACAAUAGUCGGCGAGCGAGGCAUCAGCCUGAGUGGAGGACAGAAAGCCAGAGUGAAUCUGGCUCGAGCGAUCUACAAGAAGAGUGAUAUUUACCUUCUAGACGAUCCGCUAUCAGCGGUUGACACUCACGUAGGGAAACACAUCUAUGAAAUGUGCAUAAGGAAGUUCCUGGCGGAUAAGGUGUGCGUCUUGGUGACGCACCAGUUGCAGUAUCUGAAUGACGUUCAGCACAUAAUAUUGAUGAGUGGAGGUCAAAUUGACGCUCAAGGUCCAUAUAGGGAAAUAAAGAGAACGAUGAUGGAUUCGAUUCUGGCACUGACUCCAGAGGAACCGCCAGAAAAAGAGAAAUUCGACUUUCAAGAGUUCACUGGUCAUAUUGAGCCGACUAACCUGGAUCAGGAGAAGCAGAUUGAAGAGAAAGAAUCUCAAGGCGAGGGUUCCGUUGAUUUCUCGGUGUACAAAACUUACGUCAGCGCGAUCAACAGCUACGGUUGGAUAUUCUUCAUCUCCGCUCUAAUAGUACUGGCACAAGUGUCCGUCAGCAGCGUGGACUACUUCCUAGCUAAGUGGGUUAACUGGGAAGAAUCGCUGGGCAACAUUACCCCGCAAGAGGGAUCCUCUUUCAAAGAGAAUCAAACCACCUACGAUCUCGCUGUGGAACCCACUCAGAUCAACAACACUCACCAACACGAACGACAGGAAUACAUCCUAACCUACACGAUCCUGAUUUCGAUCUUCAUCUACCUAGUCUUACAGCGAACGUUUUCGUUCUUCUACGCGGCUUUGAGGAUCUCGAGGAACCUUCAUGAUCGCAUGUUCCGUCGGCUGACGCGCGCCACAAUGCGCUUCUUCAACAACAACUCUUCCGGCCGGAUCCUGAACCGAUUCUCCAAAGACAUUGGUGCGAUCGACACAUCGCUGCCAAUGUCAUUACACGAAUGUCUGGUGAUCUUCCUGGAGAUAACCUCCGUCGUCGUGUUGGUUACGAUCGUCAACUACUGGUUCCUGCUCCCGACCGUGGUGGUCGCAACGAUCAUGUACCUUCUUCGCUGCGUCUACCUGGAUACAUCGCGAGCUGUCAAACGGAUUGAGUCGGUCAAUCGAUCACCGAUCUACGCGCACCUCAAUGCUACCCUUCAGGGGCUGUCCACGAUCAGAGCCUUCGGUGCGCAAACCGCGUUGCGGCGUGAAUUCAACCACCAUCUGGACGUGAACACUUCGGCGUGGUUCAUCUUUGCAACGACCACAAGGGCUUUCGCCCUAUGGUUGGACUUCGUCUGCGUGAUCUACAUUGCGAUGGUGACGCUGAGCUUUCUGGUGGCCGAACAGAACUUCCUGGGUGGCAGCGUUGGUCUGGCGAUCACGCAGGCUCUCAGCCUGAUCGGUAUGUGCCAGUGGGGUAUGCGACAGUCGGCCGAACUCGAGAAUGAAAUGGUUUCCGUGGAGAGGGUUAGUGAGUACAUGAGUUUGCCUGUGGAGUCGUCCCAGGAAACGGCUCCCGAUUGUCGUCCAAAGGGUAACUGGCCGAAUCAAGGGAUGAUAGAAUUCAUCAAUGUGAAUCUUAGGUACUCGGAAGAAGAGGAGACUGUGCUAAAGGAUUUGAAUUUUUCGAUUCUGGCAAAAGAGAAGAUCGGAAUUGUGGGUCGGACGGGUGCGGGAAAGUCCUCAUUGAUCCAGGCACUGUUUAGAUUAGCUCCGUACGAAGGUGUGAUCAGAAUUGACGGCGUUGAUAUCCAGACGCUGGGAUUGCGUGACUUGCGAAGUAAGAUAUCGAUCAUACCGCAGGAUCCGGUACUGUUCUCCGGCACAUUGAGGAGUAACUUGGAUCCGUUUGAGAAGAGUGACGAUGUGGAUUUAUGGAGUGCGCUGGAUCAAGUACAGCUGAAGCAGGUCGUCGAUUCUUUGGCCGGAGGACUCAAUUGUAAGAUUUCGGAUGGCGGCAACAACUUAAGUAUGGGUCAAAGGCAGUUGGUUUGUCUGGCUCGAGCGAUUCUCCGAAAUAACCGGAUUUUGGUGCUGGAUGAAGCCACCGCCAACGUGGAUUCAGAAACCGACGAUCUCAUCCAGGCGACGAUCCGCGAAAAGUUCGCCGACUGCACGGUGUUGACGAUUGCUCAUCGACUGCACACGAUCAUGGAUAGCGAUCGGGUAAUGGUGAUGGAUGCUGGGCGUGUGGUGGAAUUCGGCCAUCCGUAUGAUCUAUUGCGGGGUCUUGGCGACGGAUAUCUCCGUCGGUUGGUGGAUCAAAUGGGAGCGGAGAAUGCGGCUAUGCUAGGUCGCCUAGCCGAGGAAACAGAACACGAAUGCAAUGAUCAUCUAUCAGAGAUAAAUGAGGGACCAUCGAGAUAAAGAGAGAUCGAGACAAAGAACGCAUUUUUAAUGACUACUAGAUUGAAAACCACUCCGUUACCAGGAAAAUAAUAAACAAGCAGACGUCACAUCGUGCUCUCGAACUGUUUUGAAUCAGUGAAAUCGGGUCUAGUAACCUUUGAUAAUAGGAAUAUCGACAUACGGAGAGAAAAACUGGAACGGAAAUCAACCAAGUACACAUCGAGAUAGGGAGAUAUCGAGAUAUAGAGGAUAUCGAGAUACGGAGAGUGAAAAUGUAUGCAGAAUGAAGGGACCGAAGAAGUCAUCGACAUAGGGAGAGAUAUCGAGAUAUAGAACAGUGGACUGGAGAGUCGACUGUAUAUGCAUUUUAGGACUAUUUUUCAGAUUCAAUUUUACUGUAAUGAGUAAAGUAACAAAAUGUGUACAAUUUAGAUUGACAAUGCAAACCAGAAAGUCGGGUCGCCAUUUUAUCAAGUUUUCCACAGUAAUAAAAAUGUGUUAAACGAUUGAAAAACGUUUAUAUGUUCAAUAAAUGCGACUGGUUGCGGUGCAAUAAACGUGGAAAAAACAGUGGGCGAAUAUUUAGCUAGUGCUGUGACAAUCAAGUGGCCAAUAAUGUUCCUCUAGAUCCCCAAUUCCCUACCAAAUUGUCGAAAUGAAAUACAUAUUUGAUCAGAUUUAUAACAAUAAAAGAAUAAAAGUG